AAUGAUAUGAAGGCUUGCAUCAACAUAAGUGGUGCGGGGUGGGAUGAGGAUAAUUGUAUGAUAAUUCUAGAUGAGGAGACACUUAAAAUAUGGGCUCAGGACAAAAAGAAUUCAAAGCUAAUAGGAUAUAUAAACAAGCCUCUUCCCUUCUACAAACAUUUACAGAAGAUCAUGGGUGAUGAUCAAGCUAGGGGUGAUUUUGUUAGGCCAAUUUAUGAUAAGAUUGGUACUAACAACGUCAUUCCUCUUGAUGAUGAUGAUAUGGACAUUCCACUUGAGAGUGAAGUUGAGCCACAAUCCGAUGCUAACAUUACCCCAAACUCCACAUCUAGAAAAUCCCAACGUGAAUCUAAAACAAAGCCAUCUUCAAGCAAGAGACCUCGACACUCAAAUGAUGAUGAGUUGAUACAUAGCUUUGUUGAGUCAAUGUCGGAGUCAAUUAGAAAUCAACACAUUAUACAUUGGACUGAACAAUUAGCUGCAGCUUUGAAGAACCAUAGUGACUCUUAUAGUGAUAAAUUCCUUGAUAAGGUUUUAGAUCAUUUGUAUGAAAGUGAGCGUGAGGCUAGGAGGUUUUUUAUAAAAACGAAGGAGGCUCAGAAGAGGUUUCUUGCAAGUCUUGCUGCGGCUCAAGGAUGGGACACGUCAUAGUGUGUUGUUGUUCUGUGCACACAACACUCAAUUUUGCUAAUUCACAUGUUUUGUUACUAUUCCCUCGCAAACUUGUAUUUUGUUACUUGCAAACUUUAGAUGUUGCAAUUUGUGCUCGUUGUCGAGCUAUGAUGUUUUUUGGGUUUUUUUGGUUGAAAUUUGUGCUCGUUGUCGAGCUAUGAGGCUGUUUUUCCAUUUAAUAUGCUGAUUCGAGCUUGUUUAGCUCUACAUUGUUAAGUUUUUUGGUCGAUAUUUGUGCUGGUUGUCGAGCUUUGGGGCUGUUUUUCUUAUUACUAUGCUGAUUUGAGCUUGUUUAGCUCUCUAUUGUUGGGUUUUUUGGUCGAUAUUUGUGCUCGUUAGCGAGCUGUUGGGGCUGUUUUUUCCAGUUACUAUGCUGAUUAUCCAUACACGUCAGACCGAUUUUGCUAGCGCAUCUAUUCCCCAACACAACCGAUUUCUUUAUGACUGCGUGCAACAGAAAUAGGCCAAGGUAUGCAGAUGUUUGUGGUAAUUUUAUGUUUCUGUAUAGAGUUUGAUACCAGUAAAGGGGUUUCAUUUUUUGCUUUUACCUGUAGUGGGUUAUCGCCAGCCUAAUUUUUGUAUGCUCUUUCUUUUAAUGUACACAGAAUGAUAUGGUCCACAUUCAUGUGAAUCCCAUUGAGCCAAUGCCUUCGCGCUUGAGUCACAAUUUUGUGGUUUGCAAUAAGAAAGAAAGAUUGCAUAUCUUGUUGUCCUUGCUUCAAAGAGAUGCCACCAAAAUCAGGGAUAAUUUUUGUUGGCGAACAGGUUUUGCCCCUUAGUUCUCUUUGUUACCUGCGCCGUUUGAUAUUGCCAUGUACCUUGUCAUUAAAUACCUGAGAGACUGCUAUAAUGGCAGCCUGGAGGUCCUCCUGCUUGAAGAAAACAUGAAUUUUAAUGCACGAGCAACAUCGCUAUCGGACGUGAGACAAGGAGGCUGCCUUUUAGUGGCGACAGACUUGGCAAGCAGAGGUUUCGACUUGCCAGAGACAACACGUGUGUAAUUUUGAUCUCCUGAGGACAGCAGUCGACUAUCUUCAUCGUGCAGGGAGGACAGGACGGAUGCCUUUCUCCAAUGACAGGUGCAGCGUCACAGUCUCCUCACCCCCGAGGAGCGUUUUGUGUUGCAGAGGUUUGAGAAUGAGCUUAUG